UAAGAGGGAUCACAAUAUUUUAUGAUUGUGACGGCAAUGGAGACGUACGUUUUAAGGUCGCACUUAAGAAAACCAAGAUGUGGAGACAAAUUCUUAGUAUGAACUGAAGUUAUGAAAAUCUGACUAAUUAUAUUAAAUUACAAGUGAUGACAUAAUGGAAAACGAUGCAAUUGAGAAUGAAACUAUCGACAAAGUGAAAUCUGAAAUAGCACCUACCGAAACUGAUAAUGUGGAACAGCCUGAAAAUGUAGACCAGCCAGAAAAUGUCGAACAGCCAGAUAAUGUAGAACAACUAGAAAAUGUAGAACAUACAGAAAACGUAGAUCAGCAAGAAAACGUAGAUCAGCAAGAAAACGUAGAUCAGCAAGAAAACGUAGAUCAGCAAGAAAACGUCGAUCAGCUAGAAAAUAUAGACCAGCAAGAAAAUGUUGAUCAAACCGAAAAUGUAUUGCAGGAUGAACCAACCGAUGAGACUCAAGCAAUAGAAGGCGAAGAAAAUAGACAAGAGAAAAAGGAAGAAAAAGCUGAAGUAACUGAAGACAUUGUAGAAGAAGAGGAGCAAUUCGUGGAAGAACCACCUCCGGACCCCGCGGCGCCGUAUAAUCUUACAGAUUCUACAGAAGCUCUCAAACCGCCCUUUGCUCUUCGACAUGAUCAGUUAGCUGAAGUGGAACAGCUUUGGGAUAUCUAUCAAGAUUAUAACCCAGCUUACACUGACAUAGACAAUUAUAUUACUGAAAAAGAGUUGAUAUACAUGUUAAAAGCUUUGCUCCUCAUGACUUAUACACCCGAACAGUUGCAAGAAUUAAUAGAAUUUUGUGUUAGGCCCCCACACCCAGACGGCCAUAUCACCUUCGAACAAUUCGUCAAAAUAGUAACAAUAAGGCAAAGAGCUAUUCCCAUCGAGGAAGAACUAAGAUUAGCUUUACAAUCUCUCGAUCCCAAUAAAACUGGUAUGAUUGAUAGAGAAUUUUUCAAGGAAUUACUUUUGAAACAAGGUCAUAAAUUACCACCGAAAAUAUUGGAAAAUCUUAUAAAAGAGGUCGACCUUAGUAAUGAUGGUACCAUUGGCAUUGAAGAUGUGGUUGGAACAUUAGGUAUUGAUUUAAAUAGAGAUGAUAUUGCAAUGUUGAGGGCAGCAGUAUUCCCUGACGAAAAUCCUCCUAAGGAGGAAGAAGAAUUUUAA